AACGUGGACAGCUGGAAUCCUCAUUCUCGUACGUGUCACCCGCGAAACCCUAACUCUUUUCCCUCACCACCUCAACUUCAACUCCAACGCCAACUCUUCUCCAGCUCCUCCUAUAGGACACCGCCACACCACCAGAUCAACAAUUUCACCCUGUUGUUUAAGUUUAAGACAAAGCCAACGCAACACAACUGGGGUUUGCUUCUCCUCUCUCUCUUCGUACUCCCAGAUUUUUCGUUACCUUCAAAUCUCAACCGUUGAACCUAAUUUUACUGUCUUCUGUAAGGGAUUGAUUUUCCUGGAAUCUUUUUUUCUUUCCUUUUUUAUCCUUCUCUCUCGUAAUUAUUUAAGUAAUACACUUGGAAUUUCCACCUUAUUCGCUUCACCCGCCAUGAAAACAGGUAAUGCGCACUUUCAAAGAAAUAAUGUACAGAAGACUUGAAAUUUUUCUUGCACAUUUGUGAGAUGCUUCAUAAAUUUUACUAAGGAUAUAACUCAGGUAAAAAGACUUGAAAUUAAUUGGUUUUAUUGAAAUAAUCUGAAUGGGAACUGGUGAAGAGAACACACCUGCUAAGCCUUCUAAACCAGCUUCUUCAACUCAGGAAAUACCAGCUACACCAGCAUACCCUGAUUGGUCAAGCACUAUGCAGGCUUUUUAUGGUGCUGGGGCUACACCACCUCCUUUUUUUGCUUCAACUGUCGCUUCUCCAACUCCUCCCCCCUAUCUGUGGGGAAGCCAGCAUCCUUUAAUGCCGCCUUAUGGUACCCCAGUUCCUUACCCUGUUAUAUACCCUCCUGGGGGAGUCUAUGCCCAUCCUCCAAUGGCUACGGUAAAAGUAACUAUGACUCCAAGCUCGGCACCAACAAAUGUUGAGCUGGAAGGAAAAGGACCUGAAGGGAAGGACCGUACUUCAACUAAAAAAUCCAAGGGAACGUCAGGGGGCAAGGUUGGAGACAUUGCCAAGGCAGCUUCAGGUUCUGGGAAUGAUGCUACCUCCCAAAGUGCUGAAAGUGGUAGUGAGGGUUCAUCAGAUGCAAGUGACGAAAAUGCAAAUCAGCAGGAGUUUGCUGUUGGUAAAAAGGGAUCCUUUGAUCAGAUGCUUGCAGAUGCUAAUGCACAGAGUAGCACUGGUGAGGCUGUUCAAGCUCCGGUGGCCGGGAAGCCUGUCGUGUCUAUGCCAGCAACUAAUCUUAAUAUUGGAAUGGACUUGUGGAAUGUAUCACCUGCUGCAGCUGGAACUGCAAAAAUGAGACCAUCUGGGACUCCAUCCACAGUUGUUGCUCCUGCAGCGAUGAUUGGUCGUGAAGGCGUAAUGUCUGACCAAUGGAUUCAAGAUGAACGGGAACUGAAAAGACAGAAAAGGAAGCAAUCUAAUAGGGAGUCAGCUAGAAGGUCAAGAUUACGGAAGCAGGCCGAAUGUGAAGAGCUGCAAUCUAGGGUGGAGUCAUUGGCCACUGAGAACCGUAACCUCAGGGAUGAGUUGCAGAGGCUUUCUGAAGAAUGUGAGAAACUUACUGCCGAAAAUACUUCUAUUAAGGAGGAAUUGACUCAAAUAUGCGGACCAGAGGCAGUAGCUAACCUUGAACAGGGCAAACCUUCGUUGGCUCCUCUUACACACCCUGAUGAGGGGAAUAGGUAAUAGUAAAGGAAACAUGGCCAAAUGUAACUUUAAGCUUAGCCCAGAAAUUUCAGAAUCUCCGGGAAUCUGUGACUUUUGAUUUUAUUGACCAUAGCUACUUAUUUUUCUUACUAAUAUAUACCCAUAACCCAACCUUUUUUAACUGAAUUGUUCAUUCACGGUACUUCUACAGCAAUUGAAGAUUAAUUCCAAUGAUAGACUGCGACUUGUCUCUGCA